GCAAUGGGACUCGGACAAUAUGGGGGACCCUGAAAUAGGAGCACGUUCGCCCGCAGCCCUCGAGCUGGUGUAGUCGUGAGGACCGCGGUGCUCGUCCGCCCGCCCGCCAACAGUGGCCGGAAGCACCCUUUGAGCGGAGUCUGCAACAAUCGAAGCGCGCAGCCGAUUGUCGUGGAGAUGUCGAGUCGGUGUUGAUCGCCCUACAUAGCUCGACCGACCGAACAAACAAUAACAUGGAGCAGAAUCGCAAGGUCUACAAGGUCGUGCUGACCGGAGGUCCGUGCGGCGGCAAAACCACCGGCCAGUCCAGGCUGUGCACCUUUUUCGAGAACCUCGGCUGGAAGGUGUUUCGAGUGCCGGAGACGGCGACCGUUUUGCUCAGUGGCGGAAUCCGGUUCAGCGAACUGUCGGACGACGAAGCCAUCAAGUUCCAGGAGAACCUGCUGAAGACGAUGGUGCAGAUCGAGAACACGUUCUUCGAGUUGGCCUCGAGUUGUCCGCGCAACUGCCUCGUGAUCUGCGACCGCGGCGCCAUGGACGCGUCCGCCUUCAUCGCCAAGGACAAGUGGGAGUUCCUCAUGUCCAAGAACAACUGGAACGAGAUCGAGUUGCGCGACACGCGCUACAACCACAUCAUCCACAUGGUGUCUGCCGCGAACGGUGCCCAGGCCUUUUACACCUUGGAGGACCACUCGUGCCGGAGCGAGGGCGUGAGUCUGGCGCAGGAGCUGGACGAGAACGCGGCGGCCGCCUGGGUCGGCCACCCGUACUUUGACGUCAUCGACAACACGACCAACUUUGAGCAGAAAAUGCGCCGCAUGAUCGAGUGCGUGUGUCACAAGCUGGGCGUCGACACCGGCGACAGGCUCAAGGUGAACGCGAGGAAGCGCAAGUUCCUGGUGCAGGGUCCGCUGCCGCCGGUCGACGCGUUUCCCAAGUUCCAGGACUUUGACGUGGUGCACCACUACCUGCAGACCAGCACGCCUCACAUGCAGGCCAGGCUGAGGAAGAGAGGCCAAAACGGUCACUGGAGCUACAUCCACACGAUCAGGCGGCCGGCCGUGGAGAACCAGGUGGUGGAGGUGAAGACGCAGUUGUCGCAGCGCGACUACCAAAACCUGCAGGCCCAGGUGGACGAGUCGCACUUCACCGUGUACAAGACGAGGCGCUGCUUCAUCGUCACGGUCAACUUUGUGCGCAAGGGCGGCGAGGCGCAGGAGGACCCCGAGGUGUGCCAGCAAAGCCAGUACUUCCAGCUGGACAUUUACCAAGAGCCGUGCCACGAGCGGUGCAAGGGGCUGAUGUUGCUGGAGACGUACACGUCCCUGGACGACGAGGGCAUCAAGAAGUGCCUGCCCAAGUUCUUGAACGUCGUCGACGAGGUCACCGGCAAACCAGACUACUCCAUGUUCAACCUGUCGCUCAAGGAGGACUGGAAGAACAGCAAAAAGUACUGCAACUACAUGCCAGUGAAUGGGCAGGAUCCGCACCUGGUCAAACUGGUGCGGCAGAAGAGCCAACAGGUGAACGGCUCGUCCACCUGAGGCCUCGAGUCGUGCUUCUUAAGUAAAGAGUGAUGUGGUUACCGGCCCUCGACUUUUUUCCUUCGGCCACUUAAUUUUACGAUUGAUUCUCAUUUAGCCAACACAACUAAAUCGUAUUCAGAGCUACUUAAAGGCAGGAGUGUUUUUUCCCCUACCAGACACACACUCUUGUAUGUACUUUUGAUGAUAUUAAUUUACGAAUCGUAUUUGCUCCGUUUUUGUGCGGGAGCCGAAAAUAUCUUUGUGCAAUAUUUUUGUAAAUUCAAAAAUGAAAGUUAUUUAUGAAAAGAGACGGGAGACAAUUUUCUAACAGCGAGAUGUGCGUUUUAUGAAUUUUGGUGACCUCUUUUGAAUGGACUAUUCUAACACCUAGCUCUAAAAACGCUUACAUUUUUCCUCGGUAGUGCAGGAAGAAAUGAUUCGCAUGUUUCGAUUUUCAUCCUGGAGGUGCCGUUUCAUUUUUGUAUUUUAGCUAACGAAAAAACAUAGUCAUGUUAUGAAUAACAAAUCUUUUUAUCCUUUUAGGUGCCAUAAUAAUAUUGUCAAGUUCACUGAACUUUUAGUUUGGUUCAUUUCUGUCAAAAUCAAAACUUUAGAUUGAGAAAUAAAAGUGAUUCUUUUAUUAUAAA